AUGCGCCCAAGCACAGAUGACUCCGCUCGGCCACUGGCCGAGGCCUCGUCAAUUGAAGGUGCUCCUGGAGCUAGUCAUCGACGUGACUCUAUGAGAAGCAGCUAUAGUGUUGUGUCAGAUGUCGAGAUGGCUCGCACCGAGGUCUUUGACGGGCCGAUAUCAGAGAGUAUCCCUUCAAGUGUCGUCUCAUUUGCCCAUCGGCGCGGCCGGAAGGACUCGACCGUCAGCUUCACUUAUUUUCAAGAAGAAGAUGGUUUCAUUGAGUGGCCUCGCGAAGAAGUAAUCGAUGCUGAAAGUGAAACUGAUGAAUUGUCUAUGGGUGAGGUUAGCGAGGCAGAUGAGUCCAUCAUAUCUUCUCGCAGGUCAAAACGCCUGUCUUACUCCAGAAUCUCAGCGGAGGACCCUCUCCUUCCGCGGCGCCCAUCAUCGAGUUUCUGCACUGGAGAGCGCACAAUUGACAGCAGGCUCACCCAGAAAAUUUAUAUCGUAUCGGAGGACUUGACCAUUGUCAUCGCUGGAUUUUCAACGAGCUUCACGGGCUUGGCGCUAUAUUCUUUGCUAUGCAUUUUUACUUUGGGGUUUGCAUAUAUUCUUCUACGUUGGUUGCCAAGAUGGAGAGUCCGACUUAUAGGAAAGCCGACGCCCCUUCGAUUAUGUCAAUGGGUCGCAGUGGAGGUGGGCUUCCCCCGUUUAUCACAGUAUAAGGACUUCGCUGAAUAUGUGCAGGAUCAAUGGAAUCAAUUCAGCAUAUGCGAAGUGUUGAGCAUACCUUACGGACGUGUGCUCUCCACUGUCUUUGCAGACUCUGCAAGUUGUGCCCAGGACGAAGAUAACGAUUCGACUGUCCCAUACCUGAGAUAUAUUGAUUAUCGCUGUCUCCGCUUCUUCUACCACCCUGUCGAGGACAAAUUCAGCUUGACCAGUGGCUGGAAAGAUCCAUUGUGGACGAAUAUCAAACUAAUGCGAAUUGGAUUGGACGCAGAUGAUCACGAUAGCCGAGCGCAGAUUUUCGGAGCGAAUGUCAUUGAUAUUCAGCAGAAGUCCGUCUUUCAACUUUUGAUCGAUGAAAAGAAGGCAUUUCACCCGUUCUACAUCUUCCAAAUUGCGAGUCUUGUCCUAUGGUCGCUGGAUGAAUACUAUUACUACGCCGUUUGUAUUUUCCUCAUUUCGGUAUUCAGUAUCUGCGCAACCAUUCUUGAAACACAAACGACGAUGAAAAGGUUGAGGGAAAUCUCACUUUUCGAGUGCGAUACCCGCGUGCUUAGGAAUGGUUUCUGGAGGUCUGUCCCUUCUCGAGAAUUGGUCCCGGGUGAUGUCUUUGAAUUCUCGGAUCCUUCCUUGAAUCAAGUUCCCUGCGACUGCAUCUUACUAUCUGGAGAUUGUAUCGUGAAUGAGAGUAUGCUGACAGGAGAGUCUGUUCCUGUAUCAAAAAUCCCGUUGACCGACGAUGCGUUGAAGUACCUUAACCUGAGUACUCCAUCUAUCCAUCCGAAUGUCGCCAAGCACUUUCUUUUCAGUGGAACAAAGGUCAUUCGUGCACGACGGCCACAUAGCGUCGAUGAUGAUGAAGCCAUCGCGUUAGCAGUGGUUGUGAGAACAGGUUUUUCGACAACCAAAGGUGCCUUGGUCCGUUCAAUGCUUUUUCCCAAACCUUCAGGGUUCAAGUUCUACAAAGAUUCAUUUCGUUACAUCACAGUGAUGGGUGUGAUUGCUGCUUUUGGUUUUAUAGCGUCAUUUAUCAAUUUUGUCCGCUUAGGUCUUUCCUGGCAUUUGAUCAUUGUUAGGGCACUUGAUCUAAUCACUAUCGUUGUGCCGCCAGCCUUACCAGCUACUCUGACAAUUGGCACUAAUCUAGCUCUUUCACGACUCAAAGGUCACAAGAUAUUUUGUAUCAGUCCACAAAGGGUCAACGUUGCAGGCAAGCUUGAUAUAGUCUGUUUUGAUAAGACUGGGACUCUUACAGAGGACGGUCUGGAUGUGCUCGGUGUGCGAACUGUGAAUCAGGAUUUGAGAUUCUCGGAUCUAAAAGCUGAUUUGGCUUCUAUGGCCUCCACCUCUUCAUCUUCUGUCGGAGCCACUGUCGGUCCUCUGCAACACAAAAAUAUUGUUCACGCUAUGGCAACAUGCCACUCUCUCAGAGUAGUGGAUGGCGAGCUAAUGGGAGAUCCUCUCGAUGUGAAGAUGUUCCAAUUCACUGGCUGGUCCUAUCAGGAGAACGGAAGCCAAUCUAUGGAACCCCAUGGUUCUAAAUACGAAACAAUUAUGCCACCUAUUGCGAGGCCGCCUAAUCAGAUAGCCGAUUCCAGUGAUCAAAUUGGGGGCAGUCAACCUAUACCAAUAGAACUCGGAGUACUUAGGAAUUUUGAGUUUGUCUCGGAGCUGCGCCGUGCGAGUGUCGUCGUAAGACAGUUUGGAGAUGGCGGAGCAAGCUUUUUCGUCAAAGGCGCACCGGAAAGUCUCAAGUCCAUUUGCCUCCCUGAAAGCUUGCCACACGAUUUUGAUGAAUUGUUGAGCUACUACACACACAAAGGUUACCGUGUCAUUGCGUGCGCUGCGAGAUACGAACCAAAACUCAGCUGGAUGAAAGCCCAAAAGUUGACGCGAGAACUCGUUGAACGCGACCUCGAAUUCAUCGGAUUCAUUAUAUUCGAAAAUAAAUUAAAGUCCAGCACUACUGGGACAAUAGCAGAGCUCAGUAAUGCAGGCAUACGAAAUGUCAUGUGCACGGGGGAUAAUAUACUUACGGCGGUCAGCGUGGCCCGAGAGUGUGGCUUGAUUCGAGCGGAUGAACAGUGUUUCAUCCCAAGAUUUGCGGAAAGUCAUCACCACGAUAUUGGAGCUUCUCUGAUUUGGGAAUGUGUUGAUAAUCCGGCGCUGAAGCUUGACCCGAGCACCCUAUUGCCAUCGUUGACUCCGACAAAUGUGGAUCUUUCCGUGCCCGCGAUUGCGUGCAACGUUAAUAAGUAUUCACUUGCAAUCAGUGGAGAUGUCUUUAGAUGGGUUGUGGAUUUCGGCAGCGACGUUGUUUUGAAAAGAAUGCUUGUUCGAGGAAACGUGUUCGCCAGAAUGUCGCCUGAUGAGAAGCAUGAACUUGUCGAACGACUACAGUCCUUGAAUUAUUGUUGUGGGUUCUGCGGGGAUGGUGCUAAUGACUGUGGUGCAUUGAAAGCUGCAGAUGUCGGUAUAUCCCUAUCUGAUGCCGAAGCAUCCGUCGCCGCGCCUUUUACCAGUCGUCAAUUUGAUAUAUCUUGUGUUCCACAACUCAUUAAGGAAGGCCGGGCUGCUUUGGUAACCAGCUUCUGUUGCUUCAAGUACAUGAGUUUGUACUCCGCAAUUCAGUUCUCGAGUGUCAGCUUUCUAUACACGUCAGCAUCGAAUCUUGGCGACUUUCAAUUUCUGUUCAUUGACCUGGCACUCAUUUUGCCGAUUGCAAUAUUUAUGGGCUGGACUGGCCCAUAUCCUGUGCUUUCCCGCAAGCGACCAACUGCAAAUCUUGUGUCACGGAAAGUGUUAACUCCCCUGCUUGGUCAGAUAUCCAUAUGCAUCCUUGCUCAAUUUGUGGCCUUCAAGACUGUCCAGUCGCAACCAUGGUUUCAGCCUCCGAAAAUAGACUUGGACAAUAGCAAUAUAAAGAACUCCGAAAAUACAGCUCUAUUCUUGAUCUCCACCUUCCAAUAUAUAUUUAUGAGCAUCGUUCUGAGCGUGGGACCACCAUUUCGGAUGCCAAUGAGGGCGAAUAAACCCUUGAUCGUUACAAUCGUCGUUGACUCAAUUGUGUCAAGCUACAUGCUUUUUGAUCCACCGGAGUGGAUUAUCGAAUCUAUGCAGCUGACAUUUGUAUCCAGAGGGUUCGCGUUUUGGCUUUUUGCACUCGCUAUCAGCACAUUUCUACUUUCGUUGAUCACCGAACGCAAGUUCUUCCCCAUACUUUCCCGGAAAAUUGGUCGCUUGAACACAAUGCUACGUCCAGGAAACCCUGCCAACUUGUUGAUAAGCAACAACGGCAUACUUCAGAUUGCAGACUUCGGGUUAGCUCGGCCAUAUGAUGAGCCUCCACCUCAGCCUGGAAAGGGUGGAGGGGAAGCUAAAAGAGAGUAUACCACGUUAGUCGUUACACGGUGGUACCGGCCUCCGGAACUUCUCCUUCAACUUCGACGUUAUACAACAGCUAUCGAUAUGUGGGGUGUUGGGUGCGUUUUCGGCGAAAUGUUCAAGGGGAAACCGAUUCUUGCUGGAAGCAGUGAUCUCAACCAAGCCCAGCUGAUAUUCAACCUUGUUGGCACACCAACCGAAGAAAACAUGCCCGGUUGGAGUUCUCUACCUGGCUGCGAAGGUGUGAAAAGUUUUGGGUAUAAACCAGGCAGUCUACGUGAGGUAUUCAGAGAUCAAAGUCCUACGGCGAUAUCCCUGCUUGGCGAGCUUCUCAAGCUUGACUGGCGGAAAAGGAUCAAUGCUAUUGAUGCAAUAAACCAUCCCUACUUUUCCAGCCCGCCAUUCCCUGCCCGACCUGGGGAGCUCCCUAGUUUUGAGGACUCACAUGAAUUUGAUAGGAGACGUUUCCGUGGGCAACGAGGCGCCAUUCCCCCGGCACCCGCAGGGGGCUCUGUGGGUAUGGGUCCAACCAGUGGCUGGGCGACUAAUUCCGGGCCCAGACCAGCAACAGACAACAGAAAUAGCCGUAUUCCCGGUGCUGCUCGCGUUGGCCGGCUCCACGCACACGGGAAUCAAAACCAUCCUACCAAACUCCCUUCUGAAAGCCGGAAUGUUGUAUCGCAUGGGUCUUUAAACGCGGGAGAGUCGCUUCCAGGCUCCUCGUUGGGUUCAAAAGAUGGCGGCUUGCCUCCUAAGCCUCCUGCGUCUGCUCGUCAAGCAUGGACCAUGGGCCAUUCAAAUAGGACGACACGCGAGAGAGUGACACCAGUGAACAUUCUCGAGAAAGGAAAGGCAAUAGCCCGAGUUCCAUCGUUGAUCGGCGUGAUCUGGAACUCGAACCAUCUGAUGAGGGGCACAAACGGGGUCCUUCUUGGGACCGAUAUGCUUCAAGAAGACGAAGCCGGAGUCCUGACUUUCGAGCGGCUCGAACGGAAGAUCGAGCAUUGUAUCGACGAUGAUGAGCUAGUCCUGUGA